AUGGCUCUAGACUUUGGCGAUAACUUUGUGUUUGUUGAGUACCUGGAUGUUUGGGGUCCCAGGAAAUCCGUCUCGCCCAGCCUCACUUCACGACCAUCGUCGGCGGACAACCAGACAACAAGAGAUUCGUUUUAUUCUUGCCCAUCCGAUUUGUCAAGUCCAUGUUCAACGCCGCCACCGCAAACUAAGAAGGAUUCGAACGCGGAAACCAAGCCGCCUGUGGAAGUGGAAAAAGUCAAGGUAUAUAAUUUAUUUUCUCUAAAAUAUCCAUAAUGUCUUUGAGAUUACAUUUAUUUUUUCAGAAGUCUCCGAAUUUCACAUCGCCAAGCCGUUAUAUGCCCGCUGAAACUACCACAACGGCUCAAACGCAAGGCAACUCUCAGCAUCGACAAUCCAACUUCGACGUCUGUUUUUGCAAGGAUUGCAUGAGUCGCUACAAGUGGUACCCCAAAUUUCACUAA